AUGUACUUCGCCCCAACCCUGGAUUGUGGACUAAAGGGGAAACUGUCAAGAGUGGAGUGCAUGGUGACUGGCUCUACCAGGAUUGUGUUUAGAUCAGCCUCAUUGCAAUUCUUCCUAUUCAUGCAAUUCAGUUCAGAGAUAUGGGAGUUGGAUCCCAAUGGUGAUACUUUGAUGAAGCAGUUGAUGGUUUUUGAAGGAUCUCUUCUUCGUUUGGAAGGUGUGAUUCCAUUGAUAAACUCCGUAAAAGGUGUGAGACCAUUAAUUGAGAGAUACAGGACUCACAACAGUUCAAGGACCUCUACCAGUUUAUGUUUAAUGUUGCCAAAAACUCUGGCAGAAAGGACUAGAUCUUGAGAUGGCCAUUGCCUUCUGGAAUCUUAUUUUUACUGGUCGCUUCAAAUUUUUGGACUUGUGGUGUGAAUUUUUAAGAUCUCAUUAUAAAAGAGCUGGAAAUACCCAAAGACACUUGGAACCUUCUGCUAGAGUUUUCAAAUACGAUUGAUGCACCAUGAGCAAUUAUGAUGAAGAUGGUAGC